UCGUCAUGCCCUGCUUGUGAUCUGCUCCUGGCCUCCUGCCUUGCCAACUUCUUUUCUUCCUCGUCUCACGUCUGUGGGCACGGUCGGAGGCAGAGAAGGAUGAAGGUAACCCUUGUGUCUCGCAGUGGGAGGGAGGUCAUCAAGGGUGGGAUUGAACUCGCCGAUGAGGCUACUGUGAACGAUCUACAGGAAGCUAUACAUGCUCGAAUUAAAAAAUACUAUCCUUCGAGACAGCGCCUUACCCUUCCAUUUCUUGCUGGAAGUAAAGGAAAACCAACUGUGCUUAUUCCAAAGAAUAAAUUGGCAGACUAUUGCGAUGGGAAUACCAACAACCUAACUGUUGUUUUCAAGGAUUUAGGCGUACAAGUUUCUUAUAGCACUCUUUUCUUCUGGGAGUAUUUGGGCCCCCUAAUUAUCUACCCCAUCUGCUACUACUUUCCAGUGUACAAGUACUUUGGUUAUGAGGGUGAGCGAGUUGUUUACCCAGUCCAGACAUAUGCUUUGUACUAUUGGUGCUUCCAUUAUUUCAAGCGUAUCAUGGAGACUUUCUUCAUUCAUAGAUUCAGCCAUGCAACUUCACCUCUCUCCAAUGUAUUCAGAAACUGUGCCUAUUACUGGACUUUUGGAACAUACAUUGCCUACCAUGUGAAUCAUCCACUGUAUACACCUGUCAGUGAUCUGCAAAUGAAGAUUGGCUUCACAUUUGGGUUGAUUUGCCAAAUUUCAAACUUGUACUGCCAUCUCAUUUUGAGGAACCUCAGAAGCCCUAGUGGUAAUGGUGGUUACCAGAUUCCUGGUGGGUUUUUGUUCAACAUAGUAACUUGCGCAAACUACACCACAGAGAUCUACCAGUGGCUUGGUUUCAAUAUUGCCACUCAAACAAUAGCAGGUUAUGUGUUCCUCAUAGUGGCUACACUCAUUAUGACUAACUGGGCCUUUGCAAAGCACUGGCGGCUCAAGAAGUUAUUUGAUGGAAAAGAGGGGCGGCCUAGGUAUCCAAGACGUUGGAUAAUACUUCCUCCGUUCAUCUAAGCUGCAGAAAUUUGGGGGUUCGGUUCUUCUCAAAUUUCAAUAUUUCAAGCAGAUCAUUUCAUGGAAGUAUCAAAGUUCUUUUAGAAUGUAAGCAGUCGUAGUCAACUGGAAUAUGUGCUUGCUAUGUACACCUGGAAUUUCUUCUUUCAUCACACAUUCAACUUCAGUUUUUUAUCGCUGAUUUUUAUGUUUAGAUCGAACUUCUAUCUACUCCUUGUAGGUUUUUAGGCAGUGAAAAUUGUACGGUCUGCAUUGCAAAUUCUGCAUAGGUGUGAACAAAUUACAUAUCAAAUGUAAACUUCUAUUUUGUAGAAUUUGAUGACUGUAUAUGCUGAUGCUGUGAAGGGGAGCCUUGGUGCAACGGUAAAGUUGUUGUCAUGUGAUCAAAAAGUUACGAGUUCGAAUCCUGAAAAUAAUCUCUUGCAAAAAAUAGAGUAAGAUUGCGUACAAUGGAUAUUUCUUUGGGAUCCCGCAUGACUGAAACAUUGUGCACCGGACUGUCCUUUAUAUGCUGAUGCUGUGCAGUUUCACAACCCAAAAAUGAGCAAUGAUCCAAAUUAUGCUUU